AUGUAAGUACCUAUCAUAAACCUCGGCUCUCCGAAGUUCUGACUCUGUUAAAAUAAACCAGGUUCCGUGUCUUGCUGUACCAGCAAGGCGUCGGCGAUGUGAACUAGACCUGCUGCAGAUUAGUGGCGUGGUGACGGGAGAGUUGUUGUGACGACACGGUAACACGUAGAUGGCAAGCCAGGCCCGGCUGGAGUCUUCCCUGCGUCGCUCGAGCAGGCUUGGCUUGGAGGUGCUGGAGCGAGCGUCCAGGCGCGACGCAGACUUGACCGGCAUCAGAGCUUCCCAGACCUCUGCGACGUCCUACCAAGACGCUACUGAGGGUACCCAGUCGGAGCUUCGUGAUGCCUUUGCAAAUAUCGCCACGUUCAUGGGAGAGACGAGCCACCACUGCAAGAGGUUUUAUGAGUCUGGCAGCUCCGGGGAGCUCAGCGCCGCUGAGAGGAAGCACGUGUCCAGGUUCCACACGCGGCCAGGACCUGGGCAGACCACAUCUACACAGCCCAGGAGAAAACCUCGCUUCCCGCAGAGGGAUGAAGACUUUCACAUCGAGGUGUCACCUGGAUCGUACUCCGUCUCUGCCAGUUUCCCAGAUUCACAGCCACAGACUCACCUGGUCAGGAUUCAACCUGGAGAGAGCGUCGUCCUCACCUUUAACCUCUGACGUCUUUGCUGAGCUGACCUUGGCCGCCCCGAGCUUCAAUAACAGAACUGACCAAUGCUAAGGCUA